CAGAUAUUAAUAUGAUUUGACAAGUUGACAAGUAAUAAGCGCACGAAACACGACGAAUUGACCAUCAUAACAUUUAAAUGGGACCUUUACAUGAAUCUAUGCGUCUAUCUAUGUCCGUGUUUGGUUCCAGGGGCCGUCUUACACUUACUCCAGAAGAAACGCAAACCACAACCCUGAAAGUCUGACUGAAUUUCCCGGCUUCGUCCUGUUCCAUUUCAUAUCACAGUGGACGGACUAUCUGGGAGUUUGGGACUUUUUCAAAGGAACCGGGAAAACAAGGCAACUUUUUCACUGUUUUCGCACACGGGCCAUGCAGUCAGUUGCAGCCCCGUUAUCAUCAUUCUUGUUAUUGUUACUACGCUUAUUAUUUGUCCGAAAGCCCAAACAGACCGGCUUUGCACAGACUCCGGGAACCCGCCUGUCGGUGUCUAAAACCGGCGGACGAGCCGAGACGCUGAAAUGUCCCAGGUUCGGCUCGGCCCCUGAAGUGGAUGAAAACUUGGUCAACAAGCCGCCAGUGAGGUGGUUUCUACCCGGGGACUUCUUCUCCAGUUUGUACCGCGGAUUAUCUGUUCAUCGUUACACAACUCGGUAAAGCCCGUCGGGGAGCCGUCUGUGCUGUGCGGGAGCGAGUGUCGGUGGAUGUGGACGCCGUGUUUCCGUUGUCGGGGGCUCGGACAGUUUGAAUAUUGUGAGCUGAGACAGUGAGGAGCACGUUUCCAUGUGGGGAGAUUAUCACCGAGUCUAACAAAAGACCCGCUCUCCUCCUCGCUCCUCCUGCUCGGUUUCCCCUCCGUUACUUUUACUUCGGGACUCAGAGUGUGGCCGGUGGAAGCGGAGCUGUGAGAUGCCGCUUCUCCACAGAAAAGCCUUCAUCCGACAGAGACCUCCGGCGGACCUGCGGCCGGACGAGGAGGUCUUCCUCUGUAAAAUCACUCACGAAAUCUUCAGGACCUACGAUGAGUUCUUUGAGAGGACCAUCCUGUGUAACAGUCUGGUGUGGAGUUGUGCUCUGACGGGUCGAGCAGGCCUGACUUACCUGGAGGCGUUGGAGAGCGAACGGCGGGCGAAGCAGAGUCUUCAGAGCUUCCCUCAGUCUCUGGUGCUGCCUCUCCUCCACCUGGCUGCUCUAAGCCAACGCUGCAGACUGACGGAGCUCUGUGAGGACGUCUACACCUUCGUCAAAGACCGAUUCUUCCCCGGAGAGACGGUGGACGUCACAGGACGCAACGGAGCCAGACACGUGUGCGAGAUCCUGCAGGUUCACUCUCCUCAUUCCAGCGCUAACGGAGAAUCGACUGCUAACGGCCACGUCAAGCCGGCUGACGGCGACACCAUCGUCAUCAGUGACAGCGACGACGAGGGCAGCGCUUUCCAGAGUUCCACAGCACAGGUCAACGGUAGGAAGAAGAAGAAGCCCCUGAGUCCGUCAGUGUUUAAAUACACAGUGAGGAUGAUGAAGGACAAACACAGUGAGCCGUUCACUGUCAAAGCCAAUCAGAUCAGUCGUAGGAAGACGACUCUGUCCAGAGAGAGACUGAAGCUGCUCUUCAAACAACACUGUGAACCUCAGAACGGGACCAUCGCACUCAAGCCCUCCACAGUGAUGAAGUACCAGCUGUCUGAGCAGACCUUCUCUCAGUUCUUCCCCGAUGAGCCCCCCCUGUUCCCCUUCAGCCCGCCCUCUAAAGGUGGAGGGCGUGGCUCAUCUGGACAGGCGAGUUUGUCGUUGCUGAAGGCGGCAGAGGAGAAGCUGAAGCUGCUGCAGCAGAGGGAGGAGAUGGCUGCUGCGGCGCAGGACAAAGCUCGCCUGAAGAAGGAGAAGGAGGAGGCGCAGGAGGCCAAGAGGAGGGAGAGGGAGGACAAGGAGAAGAUGAAGGAGGAGCAGAGGAGGAAGUUCGAGGAGGAGAAGCAGAGGAGGAGGGAGGAGAAGGAGCGCAGGAAGCUGGAGAAGGAGAGGGAACGAGAGAAGCUGAAGGAGGAGAAGAAGAAAUACGCGGAACGACUGAAACUGUGGAACAAACCCAGGGAAGACAUGGAAUGUGAAGACCUGAAGGAGCUUCCCAGUCCGGUUCCAGUGAGAACUCGUCUUCCAGCAGAGUUCUUUGGAGAAGCUCUGAUGGUUCUGGAGUUCCUGCGGGCGUUCGGGGAGGUCUUCGACCUGAAGGACGAGUUCCCUGAUGGAAUCUCUCUGGAGGUUCUAGAGGAGGCUCUGGUGGGUUCUGAUCCUGAGGGGCCUCUUUGUGAGCUGCUGUUCUUCUUCCUGUCGGCCAUCUUUCAGGCUCUGGACGAGGAGCAGGAGGAAGUGGUCAAAGACCAGGCCGAAGACCUGUCGGAGGCCCUGGACGACGACUGUGACCCCACUCGGUCGGCUCUGAGCGCCGUCGCCUCGUUGGCCGCAGCGUGGCCCCAGCUGCAUCAGGGCUGCAGUUUGAAGCAGCUGGACCUGGACAGCUGCACGCUGUCAGAAAUCCUGCGGCUGCACAUCCUGGCGUCGGGCGCCGACUGUAACCACGGCAACGCCAAGCUCCGCUACCAGAAGCAGGGCGGGUUCACUCUGAUGGAUGACCCGUGCGUCGAGCUGCGAUUGGCGGAACCGUUGCUGCUGAAGAGGCUGUCGUGCACGGCGGUGUACGACCUGAUGCCAGGGGAGAAGCUGAGGAUCCUGCAGGCUCUGGUCGGGAAACUGCUGACUUUGGCGUCCAGCAGAGAUCUGAUUGAAGACUGUGUGGAGGAGCAGAGAGCCGCCAGACAGGAACUGAGGGAGAUCAGAGCCGAACAACACCGCAGAGGGAGAGAGGAGGCUGCACACAGGGUUCGACUUCGUAAAGAGGAGAAGCUGAGAGAGCAGGAGCAGAGGCUGAAGGAAAAAGUGGAGAAACUGAAGGAACAGGAGAUGAAGGGAGGACUCCAAUCAAACAGCGAGACUCCUGCAGAACAACACACUGAGGAAGAUGAGGAGCAAAACUCUCCAUCCAACAACAAGAGGAUGAUGAAAGCUAAAGUCAACCAGAAAGAAAAACAACAACAACAGAUGACCCCUGACCCCAAACCCCCUUCAUGCCCCCCGUCCAGCCUGACAGCAGAGGAGCAGGAGAAAGAGCAAGAGAAGGUUCGAGAGCUGCAGGAGCGGCUCCAGAAGGCGGCGGCCUGCACCUGCUUGUUGCCUCUGGGCAGAGACCGGCUGUACCGCCGAUACUGGCUCCUCCCUUCGGCCUCCGCUCUGUUUGUGGAGGACGACUGCUUCGGCCUGACAGAGGACAUGCUGCAGCCCAACCCAAAACCUGCACCGGAUGCCACAACCAAGAUGGAGGACGAGAAGGUCGUCAAGGAGGAGACAGAGGGGGGAAGAUCAAGCCCCACCCCCCUCCACACCUGCGGCCCGCCAGUCAACCGUCCCAACCAAUGGUCUUUCUACAGCUCAGUGGAGGAGGUGGAUCAGCUGAUCGAGGCUCUGAACCCUCGAGGUCACAGAGAGAGCGGCCUGAAGGAGGCGCUGCUGCAGGAGAGAGAGAGGCUGCAACAGCUGCUGCAGAACUGUGACAGGAACAAAUACACACACACAGAUGAUUCAGAGUCGUCCCCAUCCGUCCCAGAAUGCACUGCUGCAGCUGAGACUCUGAUGGAGGUCAGACUGAGAGACCUGCUGCUGGACAUCGAGGAUCGCAUCCACCAGGGAACUCUGGGAACUCUGAAGGUGAUGGACAGACAGGUGUGGCGCGCGGCGUUGGAAGCAGGAAACUACGAGCUGCUUAGUUCUGAUGGCAGAGAGAACGGAGGGAUGAACGAACGAGUGGAGUCCAUGGAGGUGGACUCGAACCACCUGAGAGCCAGAGACAGACUCCAGGAGCUGAGGUCAGACAACGCGGCGGCCUGUGGGACCAGCGGCAGCGGGACUCCUCAGGUUGUCAGCAGCUCGGUACGAAUCCUGGCUCAGGCCCUCGCUCACAUCGAGCAAGGCAUCGAGAGACGCUUCCUCAAAGCUCCGCUGGGUGAGGAAGACUCAAAGAAAGAGCAGAAGAUGAAGAAGAGCAGGAAGAAGGACGAGGACCAGGCCAGUGAUGAUGGCAGUGACAGCGGUCGAGUCUUUAAGACGGUGUUGGAGCGAUGGAGGGAGUCUCUGCAGUCCUGCUCCAGUCUGUCUCAGGUGUUUGUCCACCUGUCCAGUCUGGAGCGAAGCGUCCUCUGGUCUCGCUCCGUCCUCAACGCUCGCUGUCGCAUCUGCAGACGCAAAGGAGACGCCGACAACAUGUUGCUGUGUGACAGCUGCGACCGCGGACACCACACCCACUGCCUGAGGCCCCGCCUCAAGUCAGUUCCAGAGGGCGACUGGUUCUGUCCAGACUGUCGACCCAAGCAGAGAUCCAGCCGCGUCCCGUCCCGUCAGCGCUCCUCCAUCGACGAGGAGGAGGCAGAGGAGGAGGAUGAACAGGAGGAGGAGGAGGAGGAGGAGUCUGAGGAGGAGGAGGAGGAGGACGAGGAGUCAGAAGAAGAGGAGGAGUCAGAAGAGGAGGACGAAGAAGUAGUAGUGAGCACCAAGAAGAGCCAGGCCCCGCCCCCUAAAGGCAAGAGCCAACAGGUCACGCCCCGAGGCCAAAAGGUCACGCCCAAAGGCCAACAGACCACGCCCAAAAACAACGCCGCUUCGGCAGGGAAAAACUCAUCAGCCUCCAAGUCCUCAGGUAAAAAGGCCACACCCCCUACAUCGAAACCCAACGUGGCGUCCGGUGGUAAAGCUCCUCCUCGCACCGGGAGUCGGAACAGCGCCCGCCUGAGCCACGAGAUCCUGGCACCAAAUGGCAGCACGAAAACCUCACCUGGUCAAACUGAGUCCCGCAAGAGGCUGCCAACAGAUGCUGCUCCCCCACCUAAACCCUCCAGACCUGUCCUCCCCCCGAGCUCCUCCGCCGCCUCGUCCUCGUCUUCCUCCAGCCGACGCUCCUCUGGGAGGAACCAGGGCGUCCAUGAGCUGUCGGCCUGUGAACAGCUGACCGUGGAGCUCGUCAGACAUGAAGACAGCUGGCCCUUCAUGAAGCUGGUGUCCAGGACUCAGGUGCCCGACUACUAUGACAUCAUCAAGAAGCCGAUCGCUCUCAGCACCAUCAGAGAGAAAGUCAACAACUGUGAAUAUCAGACAGCAGGUGAGUACGUCUCAGAUGUGGAGUUGAUGUUCUCUAACUGUCUUCAGUAUAAUCCUCGUCACACUAAUGAGGCGAAGGCCGGUCACCGCCUGCAGCAGUUCUUCCACUCGGAGCUCGGCAGACUCGGCCUAUCGGAGCGCAGCUCCGCCCCGCCCGCCAAACGCUCCCGCCACUGAACCAAACGCACCCUCUUACCUCACUGCCGUCCACUCUGCUGCAUUCUGAUUGGUCCAGGGACUGGAAGUGGGCGAGAUGUAGAAGCGGAGAUUGUUUCCCCUGAUAGACGUACACGGUGCUGAUAUUAAUCCAGGGUUGCUCCUUCAUGACCUCUGACCCCAGAGAAGCUGUUGGCCACAGCGGUCUGAACCAGUGGACAACGUUUCAUCAUCAGUGCGUCGUUCACAAAAACACCCAAAUAGAAGCUGAGUGGAAAGAGACUCCGGGGGUCAAAGGUCAUGAAGUUCAACAUUAAAAAGGAACCAAACAUUAAAUUAAUGUUAAAACCAGUUAAAGUUACACAGGGAUAUAACUGAGCUCAGGAGUCUGAGCUAGUUUCAGUUACAGCUCACCUGAGACGGACUGUCAACUCUUUAUCAAUAUGUUUUGUGAGCUCCGCCCUCUCACCUGCUCACCUGAUCAGGAGCUUCCCUCUUAAAAAAAACACAAAAAAAAAAAAAAACAAAACAAAAAAAAACAAACCCUCUGGAAAAAAGUUGCAGCUACUGUGAGUUCAUAAACCCGUAGAAAAGUUGUGGCGUAGAUUUACUCCGACCUGCUGACGUUCAGGGCAUUUAUCUCUGGUCUGUGAGGACAGACGGUGGACAAGGAGCACAGAGACAUUCCUGUGGUGCUGUAGGACAGUAGAGACAGUAGAGUCCCAGCAGUUUUCAUCUGAUGUUUCCUUUCAUCCAGAAAAGCAAAAACCACUAAAGAAACUUCAGCGUUGCACUGGUAAUUAAAAAAAAUCAAAUCAGGCCGUUUGUGUUUGCUCAGGGACGAAAUUUUUGAUUUGAAUGAAAAAUGUUUUAUGACGGUGCAGCUGGGUUUUACUGAAGCAGGGCAGCCGCGGAGGCUACGGGGGCUUAAGGCUCAUUGUCAGGUCUAUAUGGAAGUCUGAGGCUACCAAAACUAAAACUGAUAGACUUUGAAUGACAGACUUUGCUUAAAUUGGCAGACGAUGUGCAGCCUGAACUGGAAAAUUACUCUGAAAGGAAAAAAACUAGAGAGGUGUAUUUUGUUUUAUCAUGUGCAAACACUUUGUGGGCUUUGUAUAUUCCCAAAGAAAAUUAAGAUAUUCCUCGUCCGUAAAUACCUGUCGUAGUGAGCCAUUGUGAAAAGGACCACAAAAAGGACAUCUUCAUCAGAAACGAUCGGAAAUCGGGACAGAAUUAGAUUUCAAAAGUCCAGUUUGCACAUUUAUUCUCAGCUCUAGGUUGCACAUCGUUUGACUGACUGUGAAACUGAAAAGUCCAUUUUACUUCGAACUUUUCACUGAAAAUGAUUCUUUGUUGGAUUUUUUUUUUUUUCUUCAUGUUGGUGGAAAUCAUAUGUUUUUAAAUGUGUGGAAGAAACCAAAUAUCCCGCAACUGUUGUCUCACUUGUACUCACUUUAAGAUUUCAGACCUUCAUCAGAUAGAAUCAUUAGUUAACACCUCAUCUAUAUCUGAGGAUUAUUUUCCAGUCAGUCAGUCAAGACUUUCUGGAGUCCCAGAACUUUUCAAACAUGAAAACACCGUUUGAUUCAGAGAGUUCAUUUUUAAUUUUGGCAGCCACAGACUCAAAGGUUCACAACCUGAUAAUCUUUUAUCUCUGGAUAUCGAACUGUUCCGGGGUCAGCACUACACAUCAACACAUGGCUCCUCGUGUCUUCUCCUCAGUCUUAGAAGAUCAUUUUUACACAAGGAAAACAAGGAACCGAAGCCCUGGUCUCAGUUAGUCCGGAGAAAAAAGAUUCUGAGAUCAUUUCUGAUGUGAUCAACAUUUAAUCAAACUACUGAUCUUGACAGAAAAUAUCAGGACCAACCGGCUCUAAAUCAGACCCCAGACAAAGAUCAGUGUCCACGUUGAGAGGUGCACCUGUACAGUCUGGGUUUUGUUGUUAAUUAAAUUCUGUGUUUUCUCACUGAGCUUGUACGUGAUGGGGGUCUUGUACUGGACUGUGUUAUAGUCAGAGGUGUUCCUAGUAUUCUGACCCCCGUCGUGUCUGAAAACAGGGAGGAAGAAACAUUAGAAACACCCUCAGAUUAAUGUCGUCCAGUACAACACCAGCUGUCACUGAGCUCACUUCUAAACAGAACUGAAAAGACGCAUUUCUGACAGCGUCGACAAAAACGGACCAUGAUGACACAAGGCGUCACAUUAAAUUCGGUCCUGACCUCAUUCAGUUUGUUAUCUUCAGGAACUUAAACGCACGGUUUGAUGGAGCGAGCCUUAAAGGAGUAGUUCAACGUUUUGGGAAAAACCUCUGUGUGUUCAGUUGAGAGCUGGAGUCAGAACCAAUCGGUCGACGAAUCGAUAAGUCAUGUGAAAGAAAAGUGACAUACAGCUGGUUUGAUAAUCGAUUAAUCGUUGACGUCCGUCUUUAAGCAGAAAUGCCAAACAUUUGAUGGUUCCAGCUUCUCCAGUGUCAGGAUUUCCCACUUUUCCCAGUCGUGCGUUGUAGUGAACCAAGUAUCUUUGGGUUGCGGACUGUCGGUCAAACACAGAAAGGUGUUUGAAAACAUCACCUCAGGGUCCGAGAUCAACAGAAUAAUCGGCAGAUUUAUUGAUCAUUAAAACAAUCGUCAGGACGUGAUUAGCUUAGCUUAGCAUAAAGACUGGAAGCAAGGGGAGCAGCUAGCCCGGCAGAAGUCCAGCACCAGCACCUGUAGAGCUCUGACUUCAGCUCCGUAUCGAGGACACACGAGACUGAUAUCAGGGACUCAAAGAAACAAGAAGAAAACAGAACUAUUUCCCAAAAAGCCGAACUAUUCCUUUCUAAACCCGAGCUGCUGUGGCCUCUGUGGAUUUGUAGUUUUUGUAUUUUAGACUUUGACGUUUGGCUGUGUUCUUCAGCUGUUUUCCUCUGGUGUGUGUGUACGUGUGUGUAUGUGUGUGUCUGGGUGGGUCGGGGUCAGCUGCAGAUACUACACUGGAGCCGCUGCAGCUGCCGACCCCCCCCCUCCCGCUGCGUAUUUAUUUAGUUGAAGUCUCUGCGUUGUCUUUAUUUAUGACUGAUAGAUGCUCUCUGCCUCCUGAUGCUCUCUAACCUGUUUGUUGUUCUAAUGUAAAAAUAA